GAGCCGCCUGCUCCGGGACGCGCAUUGUCUGCCCCGGAGCCGCGCCACAAAGGGGCCGGUCCGCCCGCGCGGCGGCCGGACGCUAAGAUGGCUGCGGGGUCCCGGCGGGCGUGAGCGGGCGCGGCGCCGGAGCCAUGUCGUUCGCGCUCGAGGAGACGCUCGAGGCGGACUGGGUCGCCGUGCGGCCUCACGUGUUCGACGAGCGCGAGAAGCACAAGUUCGUCUUCAUCGUGGCCUGGAACGAGGUGGAGGGCAAGUUCGCCAUCACCUGCCACAACCGCACGGCGCAGCGGCAGCGUAGCGGCUCCCGGGAGCAGGCCGCCGGCGGGACCGCGUCCGACGGGGCCCGCGGCCAGGGCGGCGCGGCGGCUAGGGCCCGGCCCGCGGCGCCGCUCCGCAGCCCCGGGCCGCGGCGCGGCGCGGCCUGGCCGGAGGCCGGCCCUCGCGGGGCCCCGGCGUCCACGGUGCGCGUGGUGGGCGCCCCCGGGGCGGCCGCGGAGGAGAUCGAGGUGCUGGAGCUGGUGCGGGACGACGAGGCGGACGCGGCGCCGCCGCCCGCCGCCGAGCCGGAGCCGGCGGCCGAGGAGUGCAGCUGGGCCGGGCUCUUCUCCUUCCAGGACCUGCGCGCCGUGCACCAGCAGCUGUGCUCGGUGAACUCGCAGCUGGAGCCGUGCCUGCCGGUGUUCCCCGAGGAGCCGUCGGGCAUGUGGACCGUGCUGUUCGGGGGCGCGCCCGAGAUGAGCGAGCAGGAGGUGGACGCGCUGUGCUACCAGCUGCAGGUGUACCUGGGCCACGGGCUGGACACCUGCGGCUGGAAGAUCCUCUCGCAGGUGCUGUUCACGGAGAGCGACGACCCCGAGGAGUACUACGAGAGCCUCAGCGAGCUGCGGCAGAAGGGCUACGAGGAGGUGCUGCAGCGGGCGCGGAAGCGCAUCCAGGAGCUCUUGGAUAAGCACAAGAAUACAGAGAGCAUGGUGGAGCUUCUGGACCUGUACCAGAGGGAAGACGAGGCCUACAGCAGCCUUGCGGAAGCCACGACUGAACUCUAUCAGUAUUUACUGCAGCCGUUCCGAGACAUGAGAGAACUGGCCAUGCUGAGAAGACAGCAGAUCAAGAUCUCCAUGGAGAAUGACUAUCUGGGACCCCGAAGAAUCGAAAGUCUCCAAAAGGAAGACGCAGACUGGCAGCGGAAGGCGCACAUGGCUGUGCUGUCCAUCCAGGACCUCACUGUCAAGUAUUUUGAAAUAACUGCUAAAGCACAAAAAGCGGUGUAUGACCGGAUGCGAGCCGACCAGAAGAAGUUUGGCAAAGCCUCGUGGGCAGCCGCAGCCGAGCGCAUGGAGAAGCUGCAGUACGCCGUCUCGAAGGAGACGCUGCAAAUGAUGCGAGCGAAGGAGAUCUGCUUGGAGCAGAGGAAGCGCGCGCUGAAGGAGGAGAUGCAGAGUUUGCAGGGUGGCCCGGAAGCCAUCGCCCGCCUGGAUCAGUUGGAAGCCGAUUAUUACGACCUGCAGCUUCAGUUGUAUGAAGUGCAGUUUGAAAUCCUCAAGUGUGAGGAGCUCCUGCUAACAGCUCAGCUGGAGAGCAUCAAGCGGCUCAUCUCCGAAAAGAGAGACGAAGUGGUGUACUAUGACACGUACGAGAGCAUGGAGGCCAUGCUGGAGAAGGAGGACCUGAGGGGGCAGAGGGAGGAGCUGCAGAAGCUGCAGCAGAAGGCGCGCCAGCUGGAAGCCCGCCGCGGCCGCGUCUGCGCCAAGAAAGCCUACCUCAGAAACAAAAAGGAAAUUUGUAUUGCAAAACACAAUGAGAAACUCCAGCAGCGCUUUCGGGGUGAGGAUGAGUACGCCGCCCACCACGCCGUGCAGCUGAAGAGGGAGAAAUUGCACGAUGAAGAAGAAAGAAAAAGUGCCUGGGUCAGCCAGGAGAGGCAGAGGACGCUGGACAGGCUGCGCAGCUUCAAGCAGAAGUACCCUGGGCAAGUCACGCUGAAGUCCACCAGGCUGCGGCUGGCUCACGCCCACAGGAGGGGCACGCCCAGCACGGGGCUCCGCGAGGACACGGGCACCCCGGGCCCGGCGGGGACUGCGGAGGAGCGGGCCGGGACAAGCGCGCAGCCCCCCAGCCUCCCGGACGCGCCCCCGGCACCACUUGAAGCCACCUCAUUACCUCUCAGCACAGCGACCUCGACCUCGGAACCGCCUCCCGCCCUCUCCCUGCCACUGCUGGACGGAGGCCCCCAGCCACCUCCCAGCGCCCGAGAUCUGCUCCCACCCCCUCUCCCUCCCACCCCACCCCCACCGCCGCCCCCACCGCCUCUGCCCCUGGCCAGGGACAGCACCCCGGGGCCUCCGGAGGAAGGGCUGCCCACAAGGGAGCAGCCUGGCGAGCGGGGCCCCAGGCCCACCAGCGCGCCCUCCGCGCACCUCCUGGACAGCAGCCAGUUGCUUAGCGCCCGCAGGAAGCUCCGCAAGACGGCCGAGGGCUCGCCCCGGCGCAGAGUGAGCUCGCCCAUGGACGAGGUGCUGGCCUCGCUGAAGCGCGGCAGCUUCCACCUGCGGAAGGUGGAGCAGCGGCCCCCGGCGCCGUUCCCCGACAAGGACGACGGCAACAACAUCCUGGCGCAGAUCCGCAAAGGGGUGAAGCUGAAGAAGGUGCAGGGGGGCGUGCUGCGGGAGCCCUUCACGCUGCUGCCCGACGCCGACCCCCUGACGCGCAGCAUCCACGAGGCCCUGAGGAGGAUCAAAGAGGCGUCCCCCGAGUCGGAGGACGAGGAGGAGGCCCUGCCCGGCACCGACUGGGAGAACUGACAGGUGACUUAACCAAAAAAGGAAGAUACUCGCAGGUGAAGGUGUGUUCCGAUUCUUCGGGAAAAGAAGUUUGCGUUCCCAGCUCCUGGCUGGGCCUCCCUGAGCUCCAAAGAGCGCUGUCGUGGGCUGAAAACAAGACCCACGCCCGGCUCGUCUCCGCACAGCAGAGGAAGGCCCUGGACGCUCCGCACCUUCCCCUCCGCCCCCACCCGGCGCCAGGAGCGCACUGGGUGGUCAGCAGGAUUGGGACCACUGGGGGUCCUGGCCACACUCGGCCGCUGCCCCGUCGGCUCAGAGCCGCAGCAGCCCUCCCCGGAGAGCGGACGGGGACGCCCGUGAAGCUGCAGCAGACACAGACCUGUGACCCCCACGCGUGGCGUGUUCUUCGAGGGCCACAGUCUCCACUUUGUAAGCUUUUGAAGUAUAGAAAAUUCCAUCCUUUUCAUAGCUCUUUAUAACACUUGGGAUUUUACGUGCAUCUUGGAGAAGCAAUACCGUCGCGUUCUGAAGUGUCUCAUUCCUCUCGUCUGAACUGUCGCUUGGUGACUGUCAGGCCUGACUUGCUGGGGGUCAGGGUUCAGUGGGGCCGCGCCUCGUGUUGGAGCAGGCACCAGUCCGAGCUUGGGUGCCAUGCCGCACGCGCACAGGCAGACGAGCCUCGGGCCAGCAUUUCACCGUGCGAGAGGCUUUGGAUGGAACUGCAGGAAGGAGCCGUUGUCACUGUCCUCGGGCUCGAAGCUGUCCAGGCCCGGGGUGGGCGUGGCCGUGCCUUGGGACCACGGGCCUGGCCUAAGCUGUUUUCUCACUUUUAUUUCACCUGGAGAAAACUACCGAAGUAUACUGUGGGAAAUUCCCCGGGGCUUCCUGGUCUGGUCAGCUUCGGUUAUGCCGGUGGGCGAGAGCAGAGCCCAGCCGCGCCCUCCUGCCGCCCCGCCCCCACAGGACCGUGGUCACUGCAGGUCCCGAAGCACAGGGGCUGCCCCCCAAGGGGAGGCCAGCCGCGGGGCCGUGCCCAGGGCAGAGCUGCCUGUAGCACGGGCACACUUCCCUGAGCCAGUGGCUUCUGUCCACGCUGCUGCCCAGUCCACGCGCAGUGGACAGUGUUCAAGGGAGCAGGUAGGUGACGAUGUUUUGAGAUCAGUGUGUGUACUGAGUUCCAGACAUGCCUCUGCAGGAGAAUGCACGCGUGGCGUCCUGUCGCAGUGCGGGCUGUGCGGUGGCCGGCGGUGCAGCGGCCAGGCCCCCCCCCCCCCCCCCCCGUUUAUUUUAGAGGCUCGCCAGGUCUGGGGGCAGCACAGACCAAUCAUUCCGGGGUUCCUGCUGGAGGACGAGCAGCCUGUUCCCGGGUACUCCUGGGCACAGCUCUGCCUCCCCUGCAGGGGCUUCCCGCAUGGUCACUUCCUCCCUGCAGAGUGGACCAGGGCAGCGGUGUCUGUUAGCAAGAGGCGUGGCCCUGUGCCGCACAGUGCGUUCCGCUGUACAGCGCCCUCGAGCCGUAGCCACGUGCACGGUGUGCGCACCCAGCUGUUCCUCGACCACACGCCAGCGUCCUGUGUCCGCUGUCAGGCACCUAACGGGCAGAGCCGCCUGGGAAGUGCUGGGGGCCUGGAGUUAGGCCACUGCGCCAGGUGACCGGAGAGCA